AUGAAAAAAGUAACUUAAUCUACUGCAUCCACCUUCAAGCCAAAGAAAUUGCUGGCCAAAGCCAAGAGUCAAAACCAGUUCGAAGAAACAGACCCAGCUCAAAGAGACAGGAAAAUAAUCAGAAUGAGGAAUGUAGUUGAUUUGGGAGAUGCCUAGGAGGACAAUAAAAAAAAUCAAAAGAAGAAUGAAAACCAAAAUGAUCCUCUGCUUGAACAACUUGAUCAAUGGCAUGAAAAUAUCAUGUCCAAGAAAAAGUCCUAUGCAUUUGAAUAGGUCAAGCAAAGUGACAACAACAACAACAACAAAGUGAUUGAGAACGAAUUCAACUUGGAUCAUGGACCCUAAAUCAACUCCAACAUCAUCAAUCAAAUCAUGAAACCAAUUGAAUUGCCCAACUUUAAAACUGAAGAUAACAAUGAUGAUGUCUAAGUCCAAUUCCAAAUGCUUAGACCCAACAAAGAAUCUGGCAAUGUUCUAAAGACACUCGAUCAAGUAAGAAUAGAAAUGAAUAAACAAAUCCUCAAUAGUCUUCUCCUGCAAAAGGUCACCAAAAAACUGGAUGAAAUGAACAUCAAUAGAAAACACAAAACCAAUUGGAACAUACAACGCAUGGACGAAGAAAUCACACAAGUAUUCAGAGAUCAAUCUCAUGCCUUGAAACAAAGAACAUUAAACAACUUCAAAGGCCUAACCGAGUACUUUAGUAAUCCUGCAUAAUACAUCGAUUACGAAGUAGUCCUAUCUAAGGCCAAAUAUCAUUCCAAUCGACCACCAACCUCAUUUCCUACCACCUAAAUCCCCCAAUAAUAACAAAAUUCUACCUCUGCUAAGUCCCUGAUGGAGAGUUAUCAACUAUUUCAAUAGUAGAUUAAAGAACAUAAAAAUAUAUUGUUUCAAAUGAGAAUCGAAAACAACACCUUGGUUUAAGAAUUGAAUCGUUAUGAGGAAGAAGUUCAGGAUAUAAGGAGGAAGUUCUUCAUCAAGGAGGAGAAGGCAAGGCAAGGAUGGAUACCUGAAUAGCAGAAUGAUGGAGUACCAAAUAAAAAACGAAACCUAAUGGAUAUUAUUGAGAAAAUCAGAAAUCAAAGGGAUGUGGAGAUCAGAUAACGAACAAAGGAAAUACAAUCAUUAAGAAAACAGAUGCAAUAAAACAGUGAAAAAUAACAACAAAUUCAGAAGGAACUCGAUGAGAUGAGACAAAAGAAAAGGAGAUGUAAAAUGUUGCUUAAAGAUAUCUUCCUCAAGCAAUUCUAAGAUUCAAAUAACUCUCUCGUUCCUGAAGGCUUGGUCAGCAUUAUCAAGAAUAUGAGAAAGAUCAAUGAAAGUGCUAAACCAGAGUAUUUCCCAAAAUUCUUAGAUGAUAUUUCCAAGAAUUAUCUCCUAUAGGCUGCUCAAUUGGAGAUUGAUAUAGAGGAGACAAGGGUAUUGUCUUAAAAAUACAAUCAAUAAUAAUUAUUACAACGUGCAACUAGUGCAAGAUAGCAGAUAACCACGCAAAGACAAUAGAUGAAUGUUUCUGAGAUCAAAAAUUAAGUGAAGGUGAUGCUAAAGAAGAGCAAGGUCUCUAUCAAGAAACCUGUGUUUGUUUAAGGCAUUGAUCCCAUCAAUCCAAGUUCAUUUGCUCAUGUAAUUAAGUGGGAACAUUAAGAUUUAGAAAACUAAUAGAUAACUGAACCCAUUGAAAACAACUUCAAGAAUUAAAACAUCUCAUCGGAGCGUAAUAAUACUAUCAAGGAUUACAAUUAGAAACUAGUUUAAUUACAAUAAUAAUUAGAAUAAGUUACCAAUGAGGAAUGUUAACGUAUAUUAAAAUCAUAUUCCAACAAAAAAUUAUUAUCAGACAUACAAGAAUUGAAGAUGGUCAUGUAUGCACUAUUUGGUUAGACACUUGGAGAUUAACAGUGGAUCCAAUUUGUAGUUGAAUGGACUGAAUAAAAAUAAUUAAAUCCCCUAUAUGUUUUGAAGCAGGAAGAACAAUCGAAACAGAGUGAUACACGCAAGGAUUAACAUUCGAUACCAGAAAGGAUGAAAACCAAAGUGUCUUAAACCCUAAAAAAGUUAACAGAAGUUACUAAUGUUGAUUAUAAUUUUGAAUUAUGUUUUUGA